AAAUCGCCUUUUUCCAACUGUAACUCGAACAAUUUGUUGCCUAGCAACGUGGCUGUAGUUCAACAGUUCAGCGGCGUCAGUCAGGUGGCGCAAACUAUGAUCCAUUUCCGAACCCUGACCCGUUUCGGAUGAUCCGGUUUGAAGCCAGUCUGGCAGAGUGAAGGACAUGCAUGAAACCCACGAAGGUGAAGCUAGAGGCCGGAGGCACUCGUCAUCCUCAUCUUCUGUAGACAAGCUCCAGGCAAGCAGCACCAGAAGCAGGUCUUCUUCCAGGGAAACUGUGAAGUCUCACAGUGAGAACAAAACCACACUUGUGAAUUCUGUGCUCACUGACAUCCAGCACAUCAGAGAAACCCAUAAGUACCUCGAGAAAUCCCUGAAAACCUUGAGAACCGAGUACCAGCGGGACCACAACCAGAUGCUGCAUGCGCUGGAGGAAGAAAGGUCAAGGCUGAAUGGUUUGGAGCGGGAACUCGCUUACCUGACUGAGCUCCAUCAGAGGGAAACGUCGAACCUGAAAGAGGAGAUAAGCAGCACAAAGAAAAUCAUUGACAUUCGGUAUAACGGCAAAGCGGAGGAGUUUUCUGAGGCGCUGGAAAAAUGCCAGAGCCAUCUCCUGAAGAUGGAGCUGCAGCAGCAGCAAGAGAUGGAUAUUGUGAGACACGAAGACAGCAUAGCACAGAUUAUCCUCGAAAAGCUGAUCAGACUGCUGCUUGUUGUCAUGUCGACCAUCUUGGUGUUUGUGUGCACACUGAACCAAGGCAUCUUGUUUUUCAAGUCAUCCAAACACAUCCUCUCUGCUGUUCUCCUGGCUGCCUUCCUCUUUCUCCUCUACAAGUACUGGAAUACUGUUAGCUGAUUGGAGCCCAAGAAGAUGAAACAAAUAAACCUUUUUGAAGACCAUUAGCAUUUAUCUAUCUGGAUCAAUCCAGCUUGUAGUUUAGCUUGGAGUUCCUAGUUAUUGACAAACACAAAUUGUUUUAAUAAUUAUAAAAGUCCUCAGUUUUGUUCACUGUCGUUUUAAUUGAUCAUAUAUCCAAAGUUUGACCUUGUUUUCUCCAGUGCAGGCGUUUAGUAUAAGCUUAAACCACCAGGGGGCGCUGUG